AUGUUCAAGUCGUUUACUCGUCAUUUAAAGCAUACCAUCACCGAUAGUAUGGCUACCAGUUCGAGCUCGCUGAAACGAAAAGGAAUCCUUGAAAGCGAAGAAGUAUCAAAGAAACCCCGUUCAAGAAUUGAUACAUCCGACAGGGAAGAUAGCGAAAGUAGCAAAAGUGACGCAGUUAGUGAUGCUACCAAUGAUGUGUCUAUCAGCAACGAAGAUGACGAAUAUGACGAAGACAACCAUAACACUGAUUAUUUCGAAGAUGAACCUCUUCCACAUCUGGACACUGACGAGGACCCAUUCAAUUUACUCGAUAUUACUGACACCACACAGCACACACUCCAACACGUCAAUCGCAUUUUUCUACUCGACAAAUCCUUGGUGCCAGAUGGUGAACCAACAGGAGUUGUCUACGAGGAAAUGACGCGUGCUAACUAUCCAAAUGUGGAUGCAUCCAUCCUGAAUAAUGAACAUAUACCAUUCCUUAUCAGAAACUGUGCUCUCGAUUUCAUCAAGUUUUUUGCGGAUUUAAAGAAUGCAUUUGAUAAGAAAGGGCGGUUUGGCAAUGUUGGUAAAGUUAUCAGGGGCCCUGCUGGCGCCGGCAAGUCAUAUGUUCUUUAUCAUGUUGUUCACUUUUGCCGGGCUUCAGGAUGGCUUGUUCUAUACAUUCCACGAGCGGGAGAAGUCAGUGGACUGCAUGAGGCAAUGGCAGCCAGGAAUAUUCUGAACAAUUUCAUGAAGGCCGAAGGCGAUAAACUGAAAACAAUCAAAAUUGACAAGACUUAUGAUUUGCCCAUAUCCUCCUAUUUUGACAUCCAAGACCAAUCUCAGCAAGGGCUGUCGCUGUAUGAUUGUAUCAGGAAUGGCUUCAACAACCCACUUGCUACUCUGGAAAAGGUCUUUGAUGUUGUUCUUAAUGCAGAGCUUAAAUAUCCGGUUCUUGUUGCCAUCGAUGAAUGGAAUGCCCGGUGCUCCCCCCAAAACGUGGGCAAUAGGGUGUUGAAUCUUUUUGCCAAAAACAAGCUGCGUUCGGGCUUUUGGCUUUAUGCCAUUUCCUCAUCUUUCGAUCCAUAUGAAGAAUUCCGGAAUGCCGAUGCACAAACGAUUAUGGUUGACAUUCCAUCCUAUGACAUGGAUGAAUUCAGCUCCAUCUUGAGAUGCCAGCAUAAAUUUAAACGACUCCCCGAAGAUGCCGACGCCGAUCAGAUUCGAUAUCAUUCCGGGCUUGUCCCGUGGAUGAUUUUUUUUUGGUGUGAGGCCUGGCAUACACGUCUGGGCAUUUCUCUCCGUGAAAUCCGAGACGACACCGGCGGGCCGCAAAAGCGCAUUGAAGUCCACUUUAGGAGCAGGACCCUCUUGGGAGAACCACAAGACAAAUUAUGGAAGAUUACCCUCAUCCAAGCGAUCGAACAGACUUUGACACUGAAUGCGAUACCCACCUUGGAACCGGGUACCCUAGUAAUUUUGAAAAAGGGACACUCGGUCGCAGACCUACUGGCAUAUUCGACGGACUGCGAACUAUACUUUAUUCAAAUUUCCUUGUCGCCGUACAAUGAUCACAGAUCCAAGGUCACGGAUCUCAAAAAACCGCUCAUCAGGAAAAAGAAAGGUACCAAUACGAGGAGCCCCUCGAUUAUCAAAUACUAUAUGUCGCUUUGUCGGACUAAAGGCGGAACUCGGCGGUUUCCGGAAAUCGCAUCUCUGGAUCUUCGACUUAAUGAGACUUUGCCUAAGGGUGUCCACUACGUUUAUAUUACGACAAGUGACACUAUGAUGACGACAAG